UGGCGUUAAGCUGCUGCUAGCAUACCUUAUAUUUGUACAUUCAAAAUGGCUCCGUAUAUGUCUGACCCGGAUAUGCCCCAUACCAACGGCACAAAUGGGGUCACCCCGUGGAACAUGGCGUCUAUCAUGGCCAACGACGCUCUCGAACCGAUCGCUAUCAUUGGAAUUGGUGGCAGAUUCCCUGGCGAAGCUACGAAUCCCGACAAACUGUGGGAUCUGAUUUGCAAGGGUCAAAGUGCCAUGAGCGAAGUGCCCAAGGACCGAUUCAACAUCGACGCCUUCUACCAUCCGCAUGCAGAACGACAGGGGACCAUGAACGUCCGAGGGGGCCAUUACAUGCAGGAGGACGUGGCCUGUUUCGAUGCGCCUUUCUUUUCCAUCACCCCGCAGGAGGCCAAUGCGAUGGAUCCGCAGCAAAGACUCGCUCUGGAAGUGGCCUAUGAAAGUUUGGAAAAUGCCGGUCUGCGCAUUGAGGAGAUUGCCGGUUCACCCAUGGCCUGCUUCAUGGCUUCGUUUACCAGGGACUACGCAAAUCUUCGCUCGCAUGAUGCUGAGGAUAUUCCGAAGUACGAAGGCACUGGAAACGGUGCGGCUCUGAUAUCCAACCGUAUUUCAUGGUUCUUCGAUCUCAAAGGGCCCAGUCUCAGUCUCGACACGGCCUGUUCCUCCUCUCUGGUUGCGUUGCAUCUGGCGUGCCAAAGCCUUCGAAGUGGUGAAUCCAAAACUGCCCUGGUGGGUGGCACUAACCUUCUCCUCAUGCCGGAGAUGCAAAUCGCAAUGACAUCGCUGCAUUUCCUCAGUCCCGACAGCAAGAGCCAGGCCUUCGAUCACAAGGCCAAUGGAUACUCUCGUGGUGAAGGUGCCGCUGUCAUCACUCUGAAGCCUCUGGCGGAUGCCCUCCGGGAUAAUAAUGUCAUCCGGGCUGUGAUUCGAGGAACUGGUGUGAAUCAGGAUGGCAAAACCCCAGGCAUCACUUUGCCCUCUGCAGAAGCACAGGAGGAAUUGAUCAGGACCACCUAUCAGUCGGCAGGUCUUGACUUUCCUGAGACAAACUAUUUCGAGGCGCAUGGAACUGGCACGCCUGCCGGUGAUCCACUGGAAGCAUCUGCAAUUGGAGCUACAUUUGGAGCGUCCAGAUCCAAGGAUAACCCAAUUCCAAUCGGUUCGAUCAAGACUAAUAUCGGUCAUAUGGAGGGCGUGAGUGGUCUGGCUGGCUUGAUCAAGAGUGUGUACGCACUUGAAAAAGCAAUCAUUCCACCUAAUCUGUGGUUUGAGAAGCCAAACCCUCGCAUUCCAAUGGCUGAGUGGAACAUAACUGUCCCAACAAAAUUGACCUAUUGGCCAACGCAAGGCCUCCGUCGUGCAAGUGUCAACUCGUUCGGCUAUGGCGGUACUAAUGCGCACUGUAUCCUGGAUGAUGCCUACAAUUAUCUUACGAGCCGUGGGCUGAAAGGUGCUCACAGAACCGUCACAGACAGUCAGAUUGAGGACCUUGAGACUCUCUCCGAUCUGCUCUCCAUUUCGAGCCAAGAUAGUACCUGGUCGAAAGUGGACGGUAAUGUGAGCGACCGAACGAGCUACAGCAGUACGGCACUGGAGAUCGCAAAGAUCGCACCUGCACCAAAGCUCUUCUACUGGUCUUCCCACGAACAGAACGGGGUAGAGAGAACAUCCAAAGCGCUACUGAAAUACCUGCUUGAUAAGACGCGCGGUGAACUGCCGGAAGAUUUCCUGGAUAGCCUUGUGUAUACUUUGUCCGAGUGUCGCAGCAGGCUGUCUUGGAAAACAUAUGCAGUGGCGUCCACGGUGGAUGAACUUGUUUCACUCCUGGAGCAGGGCGUUCCCAAGCCCCUGAGAGCAUCACAGGUGCCCUCGCUCGGAUUCAUCUUUACCGGGCAGGGAGCCCAGUGGUACGCAAUGGGGAGGGAGCUUCUUUGCUACGCUACUUUCCGCCAGAGUUUGGAAGCUGCCACGGCAUACCUGGAAAGCGAGGGAUGCACGUGGAAUCUAUUCUUGGAGUUCGUGCGUGACAGGGACACGUCUUGCAUCAACAAAGCGGCCAUCAGUCAGGCCACAUGUACAGCGCUCCAAGUUGCCUUGGUUGAUCUACUCGCUAAAUGGAGCAUCAGUCCAACGGCGGUCAUUGGUCACUCGAGCGGAGAAAUUGCUGCUGCCUAUGCAAAAGGUGCCAUCAGUAGAGAGGAUGCGUGGAAGAUCGCCUACCAUCGCGGCCGUCUCUCCAACACCAUCACCCGGGAUGGGGCUAUGAUGGCUGUUGGACUCGGCGAAGCUGCUGUCCAGCCGUACCUUAAUAAGAUCACUGACGGGGAGGUGGUGGUCGCCUGCAUCAACAGCCCCACGAAUGUCACCUUAUCCGGCGACUCGGCCGCCAUCACUCAAGUUCAGGAAUUGCUCGAGGCUUCCAAGGUGUUUGUGCGAAGGCUGACCGUGAAGACGGCAUAUCACUCGCCACAUGUCAAGGCAAUCGCAGAAGAAUAUCGCCGUUCGCUCCAGGAUAUCAGGACCUUAAAAGCAGGGGAUUCCGGAGCCGCGAUGUUCUCCUCCGUCACUGGCAAGCUGAUCGACGCAGACGAGCUUGGGCCCAACUACUGGGUGGACAAUAUGAUCAGUCCGGUCAACUUCCUGCAGGCUGUAUCCACCGCCGUGUCGUAUUCUGCACGCAAGAGACGCACAACGCGCAAAGAGGCAUUCAUCAACGUCUUGUUAGAGGUGGGCCCUCAUGCCGCGUUGCAGGGUCCGAUCAAACAGAUCUUGCAGCACGAGAGGACCAAGACCCCGAUUCCCUAUAUCUCUGUUCUGUCGCGGGGGAAUGACGCCACAAGAACCGCCCUCGAAGCACUGGGCAAGCUCAAUCAACAUGGAUAUCCGGUGGAUGUGACCAUGGCCAACACCCCAGGAAAGAGAGCUACUCCGCCAGUGCCCCUGACGGACCUUCCCCCGUUUGCCUGGAAUCACAUGCAACGCUACUGGUACGAAUCCCCCAUCUCGGCUGCAUACCGCCAGCGGAAGCUUCCUCGCCACGAUCUGCUGGGUGCUCUGAGCGAGCAUUGCAGUGACUUGGAGCCGUCUUGGCGAAACUAUCUCCGAGUGGCCGAGAUGCCCUGGAUUGAACAUCACAAAGUACAGUCAUCGAUCUUGUACCCGCUGUCGGGGAUGAUGGUCAUGGCCAUCGAAGGCAUCCGGCAGAUUUCCGACAAGAGCAAGGAAAUUGAAGGUUUCCAACUGCGCGAUGUGUCCGUUGGUACCGCCAUGGUGGUGCCGGCAGAUGAGCCGAUCGAAACCAAGCUCCAAUUCAGACCGUGGCGGAUGGGCUCGCGCCUUCCGGAUGCUUACUGGAAGGAAUUCACCAUCUCGUGCCGCACUCGCCAGGGGGUUUGGUCCCAGCAUUGCUCGGGUCUCAUCUCCGUCCAGUAUAAAAAGGCGGCCAAUACCACUUUUACAGAUGAGGAACUGGAAGCAAAGAACCGCCACCGCGCUGAGUAUCACAGACUAGCUAACGCUGGAUUCAAGCCAGAUGACCCGCGACAGGUCUAUGCGGCUAUGGCCGAACUCGGUCUCCAAUGGGGUCCUUCGUUCACGACACUCGUCCAUAUUAGCUCCGGGGACUACGAGGCCCACUGUAUGCUGGAGGUUCCAGACACCAAGAAAUACAUGCCUGAGAACUUUGAAUACCCUCAUGUGAUUCAUCCGGCCUGCUUGGACGGAUUCGUCCAGAUGAUGAUCCCGGCCUCGACACCUACUGGAGUGCAAUUAGACCGUGCCAAGAUCCCCCGGUUCAUCGAGAGUUUGUAUAUCUCCGCCAAGGUCCCUAAUUCCCCCGGUACUCGGUUCUACGGCUACUCCAAGUCGAAGCCGUACGGGUUCAACGAGUCCAUUGCCAUGGUUGCGGCCUCGACCAGCGAGUGGGAAGAGCCGUUCAUCGUGAUCGAAGGCUGUCGAAAUAUCUCGUUAGAGACCAUGACAGAGAGUCUGGCGGCCGAAACCAUUACCAAGUCCCUGCGGAAGCUGGGUGCACAUCCGACCUGGGAUAUCGAUCUCGAGCAUCUGCCGCUGGAUCGCGCAGUCGAGUUGCUCGGGCGUUAUGGGCAGGAGGUGCCAGACGCCGACUCUGAGGUGAUCCGGAUUCUUGAGCUGGCGUCUUUCAUUCUUUGCAAGCGUGUUCUGCGGCAGUUUGGCCCAGAAGACAGUCAGACGUUUGCACCCCACCAUCGCAUUUUCUACAAGUAUAUGCAGCAUCAAUAUGAACUAGCCACGCAGGGAAAGCUGAACUGCCAACGGAGCAUCCCCAACGUGGAUUGGCUCAACACGACCGACUCGUUUGACGAGGAAGUCCUCUCGCGAGCAGCGGCCUCCACCGUGGAUGGAAAGCUCAUGUGCUGCCUUGGGACUGACUACGACAAAAUCCUUCGAGGAGAGCUAGAGCCACUGCAGCUCAUGCGGGAGGGUGACUUGCUCACCCAGUACUACCGCAACGGAAUUGGUGUCAACAAGUGGAAUCCCAUCAUCGCCAAAUAUGUCCAGCUGCUGUCCCAUAAGAAAGACCUCAAGAUUCUCGAAGUGGGAGCGGGCACAGGAGGCACAACCUCGGUGGUCCUGGAGGCGCUGGGAAACCGUCACGAUACCUCGAUGCGUCUCCAGUCCUACACAUUUACUGACAUCAGCAGUGGUUUCUUUGAGAAGGCAUCGGAGGAGUUCGCACCCUGGGCGCCGUUCCUGCAGUACAAAGUCCUCAAUAUCGAGAAGGACGCUGCGGCGCAGGGGAUGCCCAUGGGCCACUAUGAUCUGGUCAUUGCCAACAACGUGCUGCAUGCGACGUCUUCCAUCAGUACCUGCUUGACGAACUGUAGGAAUAUGCUCAAACCAGGAGGAGUUCUGCUUCUCGGGGAGCUCACUUGCACAUUGGCCCGGAUCCCAAUGAUCUUCGGUACUCUAUCAGGAUGGUGGAUGGGAGAAAAUGACGGUCGCAAGUACGGGCCAAGACUGUCCGAAAACGAAUGGGAAACAGCACUCAGACAAGCCGGAUUCAGCGGGCUGGACAUGUCGCCAGGGCUUCCCAAGAAUGCUGUGCUUGUUCAUCCUGCUGAGCCCACCCCGUCCGUCACGGGACUCUGUUCCAAGCUAAUUGAAGCGCUCGCCGGGAAAGGUACAAAGGCUGAACUAAUCUCCAUGGAGCAGCUUGACCAGCACGAGCUAGCAGGGAAGGCAUGCAUCUCGUUCUUGGAAGAAGACACUCCGCUGUUGUAUCAGGCCAGCCGGAAAGAGUUUGAAGCCGUCAAACGCAUGAUCCUCCAGUCUGAAUCCACAUUAUGGCUGACGCGGGGUGCGGCCAUGGAAAGCUCUACACCCGAGGGGAAUAUCAUUGCGGGUCUUGGUCGCACCAUCAGAGGCGAGAUCCCUCAUAUGCAGCUCACCACACUGGACCUGGAUCCCGGCGUCGGUAUCGAUGAUCCAGCCACGGUGCUGGCCAUCAACAGUGUGCUGCAGUCAGGCGUGGAGGCAAAGAACGUCGAGCACCCUGACUGGGAAUAUGCUCUCCGAAAUGGAACGAUUCACACGGUCCGUCUGAACCCGGAUGCGCCCGUCAACGAGAUGCUUUCCUCCAUCACCGAGACACCGGAUGCAGUUCCUAUGUCCUUCAAACAACAUGGUCGGCCCCUGGCAUUGGCUAUUAAAAGCCCAGGCAUGUUGGACACGUUCCAGUUUGUGAACGACGAGGAAUACUCCCAGCCGUUGAAGCCCAGCCAGGUCGAGAUUGCCGUCAAGGCCAUGGGGAUGAACUUCCACGAUGUCAUGAUCGCCAUGGGCCAGAUUGCCGACACGGAUCUGGGCGUCGAGUGCAGCGGUAUAGUGGCGCGCGUGGGGGCCGGAGUCACCAAGUACAAAGUAGGAGAUCGAGUGAUCACCUUCCGACUGGGAUGCUUCCGUAACUUCCUGCGCAACCCGGAGGAGAUGUUCCAAAAGAUCCCCGACGACAUGUCCUUUGAAGACGCGGCAUCCAUCCCUUGUAUCUACAGCACGGUCUACUACUCCCUAUUUGACGUGGCCCAUUUGCAGAAGGGCGAGAGUGUGCUGAUUCAUGCUGCGGCUGGAGGUCUUGGACAAGCGGCCAUCAUCCUCUGCCAGUAUAUUGGAGCCGAGAUCUUCGUCACCGUGUCAUCAGAGAAAAAGAAACGAUUCCUCGUGAAGGAAUACGGAAUCGCAAAGGACCAUAUCUUCAACAGUCGUGACCUCAGCUUUGCCCAGGGUAUCAAGCGAAUGACUAACGGGAAAGGUGUGGACGUUGUUCUCAACUCUCUGGCCGGCGAGGCUCUUCGUCAGUCCUGGCUUGCCGUUGCGCCUUUUGGUCGGUUUAUCGAGCUGGGCAAGAAGGAUAUCGUUGGCAAUACCGGCAUAGACAUGGCACCGUUUAUGAACAACAUUCGUUUCUGCGGUGUGAACAUGCUCAGCGUCUACCGCGACAAUAUCCCCCUGUUUGGCCGCAUCAUCGCGGACAUGAUGAGGAUGGUAUCCGAAGGCAUCAUCCGCCCUGUAAAACCUCUCAAGACCUUCAAUCUCUCCCAGAUCGAAGAAGUCUUCCGCACAAUGCAGACGGGUAAACACAUCGGGAAGAUGGUCUUUCAGGCAAACGAUGAUGAUCUUGUUCCGGUUGUGCCUCAGAAGGCUCGCCCCGCUGAGCUCACGGCCGACGCAACAUACUUGAUCCCCGGUGGGCUCGGUGGACUGGAACGUUCUCUGGCCCAGCAGAUAGCAGACCAGGGCGCCCGCAACCUCAUCUUCACGUCUCGGUCCGGCGACAAGCGGCCGGAAGCCAAGAAGCUCCUAGCCAAUCUGCGUGCUCAAGGCGUGCAUGUCAAAGCCUAUGCCUGCGACAUCAGCCACGCAAGUCAACUGGACGCCGUGCUGAAGGAAGCUGCAGUCGAAUUUCCCCCCAUCCGAGGUGUUGUUACAUGCGCGAUGCACCUGCAGGAUGUGUUCUUCGAGAACAUGACCGUCGAAGACUACCAUGCGGCAAUCCGUCCGAAGGUGCAAGCCACACGCAACCUACACGAUCUGCUCCCCAAGGACCUGGAUUUCUUCAUCUGUCUCUCGUCCGUGGGAGGCAUUGUCGGCUCUCGGGGUCAGGGCAACUACAACGCCGGCAACACGUACCAGGACGCCAUCUGCCACCAUCGACGCGCGCUGGGUCUCAAUGCCACGUCAAUCAACCUGGGUGUCGUCCUUGGGGUCAGGAUCACGGCCGAGCAAGGCGAAAUUCUCUCAUACCUCAAAACAGGUGCCAUGACCGGUGUGCGUGAGCAGGAAGUGCUCGCCCUCAUCGAAGCGGCCAUAAACAAUUCCAUCCCUGCGCAGAUUGUUGCGGGUCUGGCAACCGGAGAUUUACUGAACCAAAACGGGCAUAAGGAGCCGUACUGGUUCAGGAACGCGCGCUUCUCACACAUGCGGAUCUUUGACACCCAGGAGUUCACCGUCAGCUCCGAGGACGUGGACCAGGGCCUGCACGAGAGUCUGGCCGCCGCGCAGACGAUGGGAGAGCCGUCGGAUAUUAUUUGUCGCGCGCUCAUGCAGAAACUGGCCAAAGCAAUAAUAAUAGAGCUGGAGGAUCUCGAUGCCAUUGCGGUGGAGGUUCGCGCAUGGAUAUUAAAGGAAGCCAAGUCCGACAUUAGUGUGUUUAAUAUUUUAAGUAAUGAUCCUCUGACUGCAUUAGCCGCCAAAAUCGCCACCAAGAGCACGCUGUUGAGCCCUACGGUGCAGAUGGAGGAGGGGUGA